CUAAACUCACCAAAUUUAAUCAACAAAAUUAUGAUUAUCAAUGUCAUCAAAUCAACCGAUUAUCACCCAAAAUCUUCUUCCUCCCACAAAAACCAAUAAACACCGUCGCCGCCGCAAAAGGAAAAAUAACCACUCUAAUCCGGAUGCCGAUCCCGACCCGCAUUCCGAACCCCCACCCCCACCUCCACCACCCGUACCCGAACCUGAACCGGAAUUCCAAUCCCCAUCAUCGUCGUCAUCACCAUUGCCCAUCGACGACCCUCAUGUUCGCAUCGCGAUGUACGUGGCCAUGGCUCACGCAGGCCUCGCCUUCUCUCUGGCCCUCCUCUACGGCGUCACCAAGCUUCUCCAAGGCUACUGGCGCCCGAUCCACUGGGCCAUCCUCUGCUCCAUGCCUCUUCGCGAGCUCCACACCACCCUCGUCUCCUUCUGGUCCCACUCCCUCAAUCUCGGCCUCUUCGAAACCUUAAUUGCCCUCCCAAUCGCUGCUCUUCGCGCCACCACCGCCUCCCUCUUCGAUUCUCAUACCGCCAUCCGGUGCUGCCUCCUCCGCCGCCCCAACAAACCUCGCCGCAGAAAACGACAAAUCAGGUUCUCUAAGCUCAUCCAAUGGCUCAUUUCUUUUGCCCUCUUCGUCGUAGUCUACGAGAGCAUCGGCCUCGUCUCUGUCCCGGCUUUUGCACUUGCCUGCUUCGUCGCCUAUGCCCUUGGUUGCAGAAGCAUAUUAAUCGAUCCUGGCGUUGCAACCACACUCUCGGCAAUCUCGUCCGUACGUAGACUAAAAUCCAAGAACAACAAUGAUAAGAGUAACAAUAGCUCUGGCUCUGCUAAUUUGGGCGGCAAAUUUAGCCGGUACAUUACUUGUUUGAUGCUCAACAGGUUGAAGACGACGGUUGCGAUUGGCUUGAUCAUGGUUAUGAUUGUUGGGUCUGUGUUUGGAUUCGUUUUCUUUUCGUAUAAGAUCGCAAUGGAAGGGAAGGGCACUGUGAUUUCACUCAAAGCCCAUUUGGAAGAGAUGAACUAUAAUUAUGCAGAGAGGGUUGGAUUUAAGAGAUGGAUGAAUGAGAACCAAAUCCCAGAAUUGAUUGAUAAUUACGCCACCAAUUUUUUCGAGACCGUCUCACAGAACAUCGAUUCUUUGGCGGCGCAUUACAAUGUGACCGAGGUUGUGGACAGCGUGAGGCAUUAUUUGAGCACUAAUCACGACCAUAAUCCCAUGUCGCAGAGUAAUAAAUCGGAGGCCGUCGAUGUUUCGAGUAUUAGCACGAAUGGUGAUUAUCUUAAUCAUCAGCAUGAACAAAUGAUUAGCAACAGUAAUGUUCAUGUUCAGCCUAAUUUGUCGGACAAGUUGCAUAGCAUCCAAUCGAGGGUGAAGAACAGAGAAUGGGGAGUGAUUUAUAAGGAUAUUGACCUCGUGUUUAGAGAAUUCAGGGCUUUGAUUGCCAGGGAAGAUUUAGCAGAGAAAACCAAAUCAUUUUUAUUACAGGGUCUGGACGUCUCAAGAAGGGUACUUGCUAGUGGUACCAUGGUUUUGGCGGGAGGUGCAAAUUUGUUGUUCUUCAUGGCAGUCUCUCUGGUUUCAGGAGCCGCUGGAUUGUUCAAUUUCUUCUUCGAAUUGACGGUGUUCUUCUGGCUCUUGUACUACCUGAUCACCACUGAUUCCGGCGGCGUUAUGGAUCAUGUCCUGGGGAUGCUGCCGCUUUCGAAAUACACGAGGGUUCGAUGCGCCCAAGUGCUUGAUCAUGCUGUGAGCAGUGUGCUGUUGGCAGCUGCUAAGGUCACAUUCUUUCAAGGGUGUCUCACAUAUCUCUUGUUCAGAUUCUACCGCAUCCAUUUCCUCUACAUGUCUACCUCCCUUGCCCUGAUGAGUGCCGUUUUGCAAAUAACGCCGGCUUGGCUUCUGUCAAUCCCCGCGGCGCUGCAACUGGCCAUGGAAGCAAGAUAUAUAGAUGCCAUUUUGUUGACGGUAAUUCAUCAGAUACUGUUGGAGUAUGGCACAACUGCCAUCCAAGAUGAGAUCCCGGGACAGAAUGCCUACCUCACUGGCCUUAGCAUACUUGGUGGCAUUGCUCUUUUCCCAUCCAUGUUGGAAGGAGCGAUUAUGGGUCCUUUGCUGAUGACAGUGAUGAUUGCCUUCAAAAAUCUAUAUGUAGAAUUCGUCCUUGCUUCUGGAACUGGAGAGGAAAGCAGUGCCCGUUCAUACAACUAAGUUUUCUUUUCUCUUCUUAAAAAAUUGUUGGAAGGAGAAUAUGAUGACAGCCCCACAUACCUAACCUACCUAGUGUCAUACAAUUGUCCUCCUUAUUAAGUGAAAUGUGUAUGUGUGUAUAUAUAGCCAAAGUUUUGAACACACAGAAAAUAUAUAUGCCCCUGCUAUGGAUAGACUACUCCGGUCAUGUGUGCCCGUACUCUCCUCUCCGAAAAGCUAGACGCACCGAAACUUGUUCGCCGUGCAACGCCACAACUCACCGAAAUCUCAAACGUACAUGUCAUAUCACCACCACAUUGCACCCACUAUAGCCUCGUAUAAAAUUAAGGCAAAAAUUCAGUUUAAGUCAUUAGUUUGUAACUUUUACUUCUUUUUUCCAUGUAGUUUUAAUUUUGUCAAUUUUAUAUCCGUAAUUUAAAUUCGAAAAAUUAAAGGAGAUGUUGAUUAAUUAGGGCAUGCUGGUCUCAUACUCAUGGACACUAUCAUUGGGCUUAUUGUAACCACCCCUCUCUUUUUCAUCUAAAUGCCCUAUAAUGUAGUGAAUAGGCUUAAUCCACAAGAAAAACGGAUUAGACCCGACCCGAAUAAAGCAGAACAGUAGAGUAGAGAAAGAAUUAAAGACGCGGGCUUAGCCACAGCAAAACACAUCAGACUAGAUCGUUUAGAAGAAGAGAGAGUAUAGCGUAGACGAGGGAGACACAGAGAGAUCAGAAGAUUCCGAGUUUCGCAAAUGAGGGUUUCCGGCGACCAUGCGAAGCGACGGCGUCCGUCAUGUGAUUCAGAUCUGAUCAAGAUCCCCUCUGAAUCUUCAAAAGGAUAGGCUAAAUCACAAGAAUGGCUACCUGCUUGAAAGGUCGUUUGCUCGGAGAAAUACCUUAGAAAGCUGAGAAUCACAGGCUCAUCCAUUACGUAGCUUCGCGCAAAGAUCUUCAGGAUAAUUAUAAUGCUUAAGGGUUUUGGCGAACGAGACAAUUGGUAAGUUCUCUACCAGUCCCUAACGACACCUGAUUAGUAGCUAAGAGGAAUCCGAAGAACUUUUUCAGGUCGGGAGAGAGCAACAAAGAUUUGACUUUGAUGAUUACAGCAGUGUUCCUCAGACGGUUAACAUAUGAAUAAUUUGUUUCUUCAUGUGUUGUAAUUAAUUUUCCUGUUCUGGUUUGUUGUUUUAUCAUUGGUUUACUAUAUUGAUUAUUUCAAAACUACAUCCAAAGUGAUGCAUUGAUGGUCAUAGAAUAGUUGAAAGUUUUGAACAGUAA